AUGCCAAUCAAGAUCAUCAUUGUUGGAGGCGGCAUAGCUGGCCUCACGGCCGCAGCAGCUCUUCGAAGGAACGGUCAUGAGAUCAAGAUUUUCGAGCAAUCGUCGUUCUCGAACGAGGUCGGCGCGGCUGCCAACCUGCCGCCCAACGUCAUGCCCGUCCUACGCCAGAUUGAGGCAGACGAGAACAUCAUGAAACCUAACCAGGCCUACGCUCUUCGAGUCGUACCAAAAGAUGGGAAGCAGCCGAUAAUUGCCAUGGAUCCCGGUAUGUUCGAAGCGGAGACGGGAAUUAAGGCUCGCUGGCUGCUCUCGCACCGGGCCGACAUCCAUGCAUGCCUACGUGACGCAGCAACACGGCCGAUCCCCGGCACCAGCACGCCCGCGUUCCAUUUGUCGUCUCAGGUCGUCGCCGUGGACGCGCAGGCAGGCACGGUCACCUUCCAGGACGGCACCACGGAGAGCGCGGAUCUGAUCAUCGGCGCCGACGGCCUCCAUUCCGUAUCGAUCAAGGAAGUAAUCGGCGAGCCACCUGUUAUCAACACCGGGCAGAACUGCUUCCGCUUCCUCGUGCCGACCGAGAAGGUCCUCAACAACCCGCGGACCCGGUCCUUCAUCACACGCGCCGGAGUCAACACUCUCGACGCCAUCUUCGACAACGAGGCCAAGCUCAAAUGCAUGAUCUACCCCUGCCGCCAGGGAUCGCUGUUAAAUCUGCUCGUCAUCCACCCAUCCGAGCACACCAACGCGGACCUACAAGGCGGCUGGCACAGCCCAGGCUCGAUGGAAACCCUCAAGACGAUGAUGAGCGGCUACUACCCGCAGCUGCAAGAAGUCGUCGCCAUGGCCGAGGACCUGAAGCUGUGGAGCUUCUCGACCCGCGACCCGCCACCGACGUACCACAAGGACCGCCUCGUCCUGAUCGGCGACGCCGCGCAUCACAUGCUAUCCCACUACGGCCAAGGCGCCGUCCAGGGCAUGGAGGACGCCGGCGCGCUUGGCGUGCUGCUCGACGCGACGACGACGCCGGCUAAUCUUCCCGCACGCCUCAAGGCGUGGAACACGAUGAGGUAUCCGCGCGGCACGGCCGUUGCGAUUUUUGGCCGCACGGAUCUCAGUCAGAUUGAUACGGUGUUGCCGCUUGCGAAGAAGUUCGUCCCGGGCGUUGAGAAGCCGGCGGAUAUGACGAAGUGGUUGUGGGCGUAUGAUGUGGUCGAGGAUGCGAAGGAAACGCUUGAGGAGCUGAAGAGGGAGGGCGAGGUGUAG